AUGCUCUUCGCCAACUCACUCCAUAUCCUCUGCUUUGGCGACAGCCUGACAGAAGGCAUGUCUCUGGGAAGGCCACAUCCGCAUCCAUACUCGAUUGCUCUGAAGUCCUCGUUGGAGGAAGCCUUUCCAUCUUUCAACAUCACAACAGACAAUCAAGGCGUGAGUGGCGAUCGAGCCACUUCCCCGCCAGGAAGCUUCCUGCCACGGAUGGAAAAGGCGUAUGAGGAAACUCAUCCUCACAAUCCCUACGACUGGGCCAUAAUCCUCGGCGGCACGAACGACCUCUCCAUGGAAUAUGACACAGAAGACAUCUACGAGGCCUUGCAAAAAGUAUGGGCUAUUCCCCUGAACCACGGCACGAAAGUCCUGGCUCUCACUGUACCGGAAUGCGGAUUUGAUGAUUCACCGAUCACUGCCCACGGCGAUGAACUCAAUAAGUUGAUUAUGGAGCAUAAAGAUGAGAACUAUUAUACUUUCGAUCUCCACACUGCGAUUCCGUUUCGGGGUAUCCCUGACAAGAAGAGGAGUGAGCUUUGGGGUGAUCCUGUGCAUUAUUCGCCGAAGGGAUAUGAUUUGGUUGGGAAAUUACUUGCAGAGAGACUCACGGGACUCAUUCAAGCUCAGAGCAUCGAUGGCGAAGUACAGGAUGCUGAAGGAAGAAUGGAGUUGUAG